AUGCCAAUGCGAAAUACAUUGAAAAAAAAGGCGAUGAUGCCCAAAGAGAAACGUGUUCCUCAACUAGAUAAGGUAAUGGUUGAUGCAACAAAUGUUCGUGGAAGUUUGUUGAAACAUGGAUGGUUUGUUGUUCCUGUAGAAAAGCGUGACACAAGUGAGGCAAACUUACUUCCAUUCAACCAGAGGAAAGGGGAAAAUAAAUCAGGCAUUGGAAUGAAUGGUAACUACAAAGACGAUUUACUGAACACGAAGGCUUCAAAGAAAGAACCCAUGAAAUCUGGUAAAUGCCGGGAAAAGACAUCCAAAAUACCCAGCCGACAUGAAGCAGACAUCAACUUCCUUCUUCAACAGGGCUGGUCAGUGGCUAAGAAAAGCCGGCACCAGAUUACGGUGGUCAAAGUUCCUGAAUCCAUUACAAAAUCGCUUUGCAAAUCCGCAUCAUUAAAAAUGGAAGAGCAAGUGGAAGCUCCUACAUCUGGCGUUUUUCAUAAGAAGACUUUGUUCCGAAGGUUAUUUCGAAGAUCUCGAAAAUUGAUGGGAAGCAUCUUUAAGUGUGGAAGAAAGGAAUAA